AUCGCUGCUGCCGCCGCCGCCACCGUCGCGCUCUGUGUUCUUUCGGCAACGCUCUCGGCACUGAUGUACACCUCCGCGGAUUCGGUCUCUAUUGCACCUUGUACGUUGAACCGUCCGCACUUCGCUUGAACCCCGUUCGCUGUCGAAGUCUUCUUGCGCCGCGCACUUAAACCAGUCCAAAACGGUAUUUUUCUCUCACGUCAAUAAUCUUGAAUUAUUUUUUUCAAACGAUUUCCCUCGAGCAUUCUAUAAACACCGUAACGUGAACGAUGGCCGAAGAGAACGCGCCGGCAACGACGGUAGCUGCAGCAGUAGCCGACCAACAACAGGAGAAACCGGUACCCGAUGCCGCGGCCGGCGACCAGUCCAAAGCCGAGGGUAACGGCAAAACUGUUGCCGAAGAACCGCCCAAGGCUGAGAUGAAAGCCGUCGUGCUCACCGGGUUCGGCGGUCUCAAGUCCGUCAAGAUCCUGAAGAAGCCGGAGCCUACGCUGGCCGAUGGAGAAGUAAUCAUCAGGGUAAAGGCGUGUGGUUUGAAUUUCCAAGAUCUUAUGGCCAGACAAGGUGCGAUUGAAUCUCUACCCAAAGCUCCAUUCAUAUUGGGUUUCGAAUGUUCUGGCGUGAUCGAACAAGUCGGAGAAGGCGUUGAAAAGUUCAAGAUCGGCGAUCGCGUCGUUGCGUUGCCCGAAUGGCGCGCAUGGUCCGAGCUCGUGGCCGUGCCGGCCAAGAAUGUGUUCGCCAUACCCGAGGGCCUGAACUUCGUGGAUGCCGCGGCCUUGGCCACCAACUACAUCGUUGCCUACGUGCUACUAUUCGAGUUAGGCGCCGUCAAACCUGGCAGUAGCCUGAUACUACACUCGGCUGGCGGUGGUGUGGGUCAAGCAGUUGCCCAACUUUGCAAAACCAUAGAUGUUACUGUAUUUGGUGUAGCAUCGAAAUCUAAACAUGAAGCCUUGAAAGGAACCAUUGAUCAUCUUUUGGAACGUGGUAGUGAUUAUGCUGCUGAAGUUAGAAAGGUUUCUCCAGAAGGUGUUGAUCUCUUUUUAGACUGUGUUUGCGGAGAAGAAUGUAGCCGUGGAUAUUCUCUGUUAAAACCAAUGGGAAAAUAUAUUUUGUUUGGUUCAUCUAAUAUUGUUACGGGAGAAACAAAAAGCUUCUUCAGUGCUGCUAAAUCUUGGUGGCAAGUGGAUAAAAUUUCUCCAUUAAAAUUGUUUGAUGAGAAUAAAACUCUUAUGGGAUUCAAUUUAAGAAGAUUGUUGUUCCAUCAAAACCAAUCUGAAUAUGUGGCAAAAAUUUUUGACAAAGUAAUUGGUUUAUGGAAGGAUGGUAAAGUGAAACCGGUUAUUGAUUCUACUUGGGCUUUUGAAGAUGUGGGUGAGGCUAUGCAAAAAAUGCAUGACAGAAAAAAUAUUGGAAAAAUAGUUUUGGACCCAAGCUUGGAACCCAAACCAAAACCAGCUACGCCAGUUAAAGGGAAGUCAAAGAAUGCUGAUAAAGAAAAGGAAAAAAAGGAAGAAGAUUCUUCUGCUAAUGGCACUUCUACUCCUGCAGAAGCUUCAAGUCCUACAACUAAAGAAAAAGAGAAGGAAAAAGAAUCAAGUUGAAUGCAUUAGUAAAAACAUCAUUCUCAACAAUUACUACCUACUUAUUUAAUAAUAAUAAUAAUAAUAAUAAUAAUAAUAAAAUUAACUUCUCAUUAGUGCUUUUUGUGUCUUAUUGCACUUUACAAUAAAAUACCAAUUUUAGCCUU